AUUAUAAUCGAAUAUGAGAAGAAUAAUCGAAUAUAAUUGGUUAAUUCCUUAUGGCAUAGGUGAAGGCCCUUAUGCCGACAUGCGAAAAGGUUAUGCUACGUAACCUUACGUGAUCGUCUGACGUGCAAUCGGUUCGAAUUUCGAAUCUACGACGUAUUUGUGCGGCUGGAGGUAGAAAUUGCGCGGGUUCUUGCGACGUAACGAUGAAAUAAUCAUGUUUCGAUUAGUUCGAGAGCAGUUUGUGGCUCUAAAACUUCAAGCGUUCUCAAACGGCUUUGAAUUGUAGAUAGAAACCGCAUAAAGAUAAAAAUUUAGUUGUCUUCAUCAUAUAAUUGUUUCUUUCCCGUAAACAUGGCUAAGAGGAAGAGCUUCAAUCGAAUACACGGACGAAACUCCAGGCAUAGAUCCAACGACUCUUUUGGUUCCGGAUUUCUCGAUCCGGAUACAAACAUCGUGGAUGAAGGACGAACAUUCUGGUGGAACAACUUGGAGGAGGAUACAUCUCCGCGGCAUUCCCACAUUUACAGUGUAAACGAGACGCCUGGACAACUGAACGAACGUUCAGAGUUGAAUUCUACCUACGGUUCUAUGGAAUGGUGGAAAAAUUUGGAAGCCUCUGGCAGCAAGUCCAGUAUUUCAAUGAGACGCAAUCUUAGCGCAGAGAUAGUUAAAGCCAAUAUAUUGCAAGUUUCGACGUCCGAAUCGGAGAAAGAAUCGAUGCAUGACUUAAGAAAGAAGAAAGUUUAUCUGAAGGCAACGAAUAGCAGAAAGAGCAUUAACAACGCUUUCUCAAAAGCACUGAAUGAAACCGAGACAACUAUUCCAUUAAAUUUACGGGGGAAACGAGUCAACUAUUCUGAGUUCCAUAGUGAUUUGGAUAAAGAUGUCUCACCUCAGAGAGAAAACUUGCAGGAGGACGAGGAGGACAGUAAUUUGAGCGCGACUGGGAAUAUUUUGAAAUUGAAGCCAACUAUUUCUAGAAGAACAAGACGAAACGCGAGUACAGAUGAUCAAAAUCCUUUUCAGGAUGUACUAACAGAGGGUGUUCUGAGUGGCAACGUCACGAGAAAAUCGAUCGCACUUCAAAAAGAAUCUUCGAGGCGUUCGAUGCAUGGAGAUAUUGAUACGAAUAAGGAUUGCAGUGGCGAUCAUGGGAAAUCUAUGAGAGCAUCUCAAGCAAUACCGCUAGAGAGUAUCAAUGCUAUCUCCUUGAAUUUGCCACCUCCAAAUGUCGAGGACGCAGCAUCUGAGGCCAACGUUGAGGUGAUCGUUCAAGACACCGAUGAGAGCACCGAGAUCGCUCCUAGUCAAUUUUUGAAGCGUAAAUUUGCCUUUGGACAACGCACACGGAGAAGCGUGGGAAAAAAUGCCUUCACGGAUGCUUUAGCCGACGAUAGCAGCUCGAGUUUGUCUGAUCUUAAUGAGAAACAGCGUAAAUCUACCUUUCUACAGCGCACACGAAAAAGCGUGGGAAAAAAUGCUUUCGCGGACGCUUUAGCCGACAAUAGUAGCUUGAAUUUGUCUGAUCUGAAUAAGGAAAAUGAUUUUAACGAAGCACCAUUAAUGUCACUCUCGCCACUCCGCCCUUCAAAAGAAUUAUCCAUCAAUAGAUCUAAAAAUAAUAUCACGCUCGAGAAAUCUCCAAUUCGUCAAAGUUCAAGAUUGUCUCUAAGUGCAGCUAAGAAGCAAUCAUUAAACAUACAAGACGUCAAAAAUAAUAUUGAAGCGGUCGAUUUGAGCAGCUCGUCCACAGAUAACAAAUCUCUCAGGAGAAAAAUUUUUGAAGCCGUAUCUUUGAAGCCAACAUCAAAAAUUUUAGAAAAUUCACGUAAGAGUCUAACUAAAGAGCCUAACCCGUUUGAGGAAAUACUUAGAAAAGAUGGUAAUAUUAGUACAAGAGAAAGUCACGUUUCAACUGAAGACAAUCAUGGUUCUCUCGAGCAAGACAGGUCUACGAUAAAGAUUAUCGAGGUACGUGGAGCUGUAAUGGAAGAAGAAAACUUGCAAUCAAAAGAGGAUGAAGUUGCAAACGAGGAAGAGUCUGAGGAAAUAUCCGUUACGUCGUUAAAUGUCGAGGAAAAUGUACCUAAGAAACUUAAUGUAUCAUUAGAACUCAGGGAUACACAACUGGCAAACAGCGAUCUCGCAAAUAUAUCUAAAUCAAGUUCUCGAAAGAGUAUAGUAGCUACAACGUCAGAAAAACAAGCUUCUUUCAGCCGCAAGUCCAUCAGAAAGAGUCCUUUGGAGGAACAUUCACAUACCAAUACAAUGCUAUCUGUUGGUAGGUCAAGUACCAAUAAGAUAAUAACACAUGCAAUUGUAAACGAUGAUGUACAUAAUGAUGUAGCUGUAGAACAAGAUUUAAGUACGCCCAAACGAGUGUCUAAAUUGAUCAAUCCUUUUAAUAAGGAACUUCGUGUUGUUUUAACGCGUAUCAGUUUAAGAAAUCGGCCUGAAACACCAAAACAAUCCGCGAGUAAAAAUACGCAGUUGCCUAAGCGAUCUCUAAACUGGAUCAACGAGGAAGAUGAUGAUGUAUCUGUAGACUCGGAAAUAAAUAUUGGCAGUGUCUCGGAAAUAAUAAGUUCUACAAGAAUUUCAAAAGUUAGUACAAACAAUAUAGAAAGGCACAAAAGCACUAUUACGCCAGCUGAAAUGGCUGAUGAUACAGAAGAACCUGCGAGGCAAACAAUUCAACCAAAUUCCACUUUGACGAGGGCUGAAACGAGCAAUAAAAUAGUAGAUCGGCAGAGCGUGCAGAUUUCAAACAGGACCAGUAUUAGAGAGAAUAGAGAAAUUGGACGUAAGGACAAAAGUUCGAGCAAAUCUCAAAACAGUCGCAUGUCGAUUAAACCGUCAACCAGCAAAGGUAUUUCUGUUAGUAAGGUAAAUUCAUCAUUGAAAAAGAUAGAUGAUUUCUUCAAGAUAAAACAAACUUCAAUAGCGAUGGACCAAUCGAGCCAAGACGCGCAGAGAUCGCAAGUCUUCGAAAAAAUGGAGAAGAUUAAGUCUAAAUUAGAGAGAAUAAAAUCUCGAGAGAUGGCCGCGAUGAAAAUAGCCAUAACGGAUGAGAAAAAAUCUACAUUACAAAUGAAAAAAUAUGCGAAAUCUGUAAUGCUUAAACAAACCACGAAAAAGAAGUUGCUUGCGAAGCCUAUGAAAGUAGUGGAUAAGGCAUUCUUAGUAAAUGGAAAAGUAUAUAGAGCACCGAGGCUUCCGCGUCCGAAACACUGGGUUACUGAUCGUUUCUACAAGUUUCUGUGGAAUCGUAUGGAGCCGAAGUACAAAUUGGCAGCAAGAGUAAAGUCCGAAAAAUUCGUACAGGAAUUGGCCAAAAUAGUCGCUAUCAUUGAACGUCGUAAAAAGUACGAAAGUUAUAAGACCGAAAUGGAUGCUUUGAUGAAGGAAAUGGCACGGUUAAAUAUUAUCAAUACUCGUAAUGAUUUUUAUCAUUUCUGUCAGGAUUUUCUGCCGUAUGAAUUCCGCGUUAAAGUCGUGCCUAUGCUAAUGCCCGGAAAUAAAAACAACAUUCCUUAUGAUCCAGAAAAGUUACAUGUUCCCAUACUCGAUACCGAGUGAAUGACAUUAAAGAUAUCAAUGCGAUAUAAUAUAUUAACUAUUUUUGAAGCUGUUUGUAAUGUUUAGAAUAACGUUGAGUGUACAUAUAUGUAAUUAUAAAAAUAUUAUAUAAUGUUACUAAUACACAUUACUGAUAAUAUAUUUUUGAUAAAUGCAAAUAAAAUGUAAAA